CAAAAAUGUCGCCAAGGUUCUCCUCAACAAAGGCGCCAGUAUGGAUAUCAUGAAUACUUUUAAUGAUACACCUCUUCAUUAUGCUGCUAUAAAUGGUCACAAGAAUGUUGCUGAACUUCUCAUCAAAAAUGGAGCCAAAGUUGAUAUUAGAAAUCAUGCGAAUCUAACACCUCGUCAGCUAGCUGCUGAGAAUGGUCACAAUGAUGUCGCCAAACUUUUUAUCGGUAAAAGAAACCAAAUUAAUAUUGAAGAACUAUUGGAAUAGAAUCUAUCGUUCGAG